AUCACUACUAUCGGACCCUCGUCCCACAAAAAGGAAGUCAUUAGCCAGCUUUUUGACGCGGGCAUGACCACCGUCCGGCUCAACUUUUCCCACGGCACUUACCAGGAACAACUGGAAAGAAUCAAUAACACCCGGUUGGUCAUGCGUGAAAAAGGUCUGCCAAUUUCAAUUAUGCUUGACACCAAAGGUCCCGAGGUCAGAGUCGGUAAAUUCGUCCACAGCGUUCAAAAAAUUAUCGCUAACCAAGAAGUAACUAUUUUGACUGACCCAGCCUCUUACCAAAAAGUCAAGGCUAAAAUUGGUCAAAUCACCGUCUCGUGCGACAUUAGCCAAAACUUAGAACCAGGCGACACGAUUUUGGUUGACGACGGUAAACUUCAGCUGAAAGUCACCAGCGUUAAACCCAAACUGAUCAAAACCCGCGCGGUUAACCAUCACCGCCUGAAACCUAACAAGCGGAUUAAUUUGCCCGGCAAACCUUUUCUAAUGCCUUUUUUGACCGACAAAGACAUUGAAGACAUUAAAUUUGGUUGCACCCACAAAGUUGAUUUUAUCGCCGCUUCCUUUGUCAACUCGCCCGAUGACGUGCAGCAAAUCCGCAGUAUUUUAAAGGAACAGCAAGCGAGUCAAAUCAAGAUCAUCGCCAAAAUUGAGUCGCAGUACGCGAUCAAUAAUUUUGACAAAAUUCUCGCAGCGGCGGACGGAAUCAUGGUCGCCCGCGGUGAUCUUGGACUAGAAAUACCUUACUUUGAAGUUCCCGUCGUCCAGAAGAUGAUGAUUCGUAAGUGCCGCGAAGCUGGCAAACCGGUGGUAGUAGCUACUCAAAUGCUUGAUUCAAUGGAGAAAAAUCCCCNACUUUUCGGCCUCAGCGCUCCAAGCAGUGAAUUGGCGGGCUUGCUGGUAAGAGCUAAUUAG